GUUCAUAUACUGUUUGAGCUACUCAGUGAGCAUUUAGCAUGCUGGAACUUUUUAUAAUCUACCACACCACAGAUGUCUGCGUGACCAAUUACACCAGUGAACAGAACACCACUUCCUAUUCUUAUUAUAGUCCAAAUGGAGAAGUAAGAACAAGACAGUCACAUUGAAUGUACCACUGAUUUGGUUUACUGUCAGUGUCUCUCAAUUCUUUCACACAUCGUUCUUCUUCAUCAACAUCUAAACCUUAUUCUUCUUGGAACUAUAUCAAGAUCACCAACAAUAUACCAACAUGAAUGGCCUGAUCCUCCUGUUGUACUGCAUAGAAAUCAUGGGUGCACUAUUGUGUGGAGCUGAAGUUACCAGAGGAUUUACUAUUGCUGAUGUUGGGAAUGAUAUGGUUCAAGGUGAAUCAGACAAAGCCUUCCGUUCUGAAAGUUCUAUAACAACACUGGUUGCUGAUCUAACCAGUACUGACAGCACCAUGUCUGAGGCCAGCAGGUGGAUGAACACUGAGUCACCAGCUGUUUCCCAAUUCUCCAAUAGUCACACCACUUCACCUCCACCUGGCCCACAGCCCACCACCACACAUAACAGUGUGUUUUACAGGAAGGAAUGUCUUACAGUAUUCAUGGUAAGUGGCGGACUGAUCAUAGCCUGUGUUAUUCUGCUGAUUUCUACUUUGUUGCUGGCAUGUAAGGUGUGUCAGUUGAGCAGAGACAUCAAGGUGCUGAACAGCAACGUUGAUCUGAUCAGCAACUCUGAAUACCGGAUGGGAACCAAGAAGAACAAAAGCAAGUCAGAGGCAGAAGCCACAGAGACCAGCAUGUUGAUGGCCGUCGUCAGUCAAACACAGGAGGAGAUGGGUAAUAGCACCACCAUAGAAGAUGGAGGGAAGGUAAACAAGGAUGGACAAAUGGGAGAGGAGAACAAGAAGGAGGUGAGAGCCACUGCCAACAGUGAGGAAGCUUCAACUACACUUGUAACCACUGCUGAAAAUUCAUCCUCCUCUAAGCCACAAGAGGAGGGUACCAAUUCCAUGGCAGCCUCUUCCUCUGAGGGCACAGAGGAACCAAAGGAUGUGGUGUAGAGUUGCAUGUGUGAAGAGUUUCCUGAGCAACUACCCACAUUCACUUCCUUAUAGCUUUACAACUCCUUUACUUGAAAUAGAUGAUACUUUUUGCAGCAGCUUUUGCUUUACAGCUAAUUGAACAACUGCGUGUGCUGCUAAAUCUGUCAAAAUGAGCACUGAGCUUUUCUUUUCUUUUUCUUUUUUUUCCCUUUUUCAAAUGAUUGGUUGGUUGUAUUUCUCUGUUACUUGUGUGUUUUGAAUAUUAAAAUACAUACAUAUUAUGAUGUACUUUUGUGCACGUUAUGACAUGUAUGACGUGCAACAAGCACAGGAAUAAAACAGAUUGUAACCUCA